AUGGCCCCUGACUCUCUGUCGAAGACCGGCAACGAGAGGCCGGCAGCGGAGGUCAUCAACCUCACCCUCAGUGGUGAUGAGGAUGACGCGCAGAGCACCCCCCCACCGACGGUGCUGCCAAAGGUGCUCCCAGCAACGAGAAUGGGACAGGGGCAAACCGGGUGCUCUUCUUUCGUUUCGACUACUGCAAAGACAACUGCACCAACAGCAGCAAUAACAAGAACAAAAAAAAAGAACACUCCUGCCAUCGCCAUCGCCAUCAUGAACGCCAAGGCUCCGGCUCUGGCUCGACCUCUGCUUCCGCCUCAACUCCUGCCUCUGGUUCUGCUGUCCCGCCUGUUGCCCGCAGGCGAUGCCGCCAACGUCGUUCCUGCUGCAGGCCCUGGUCCUCUUGUCCCCUCUGGUUCUACUACAGUCGUCGUCACUCCGGUUCCCGCUAGUCAGUGA